AUGGUGCUCGCGCAGCUGGGCGGGAGCAUCUCCCGCGCCCUGGCGCAGAUGAGCAACGCCACGGUGAUCGAUGAGAAGGUGCUCAACGACUGCCUCAACGAGAUCUCGCGCGCGCUCCUACAGGCCGAUGUCCAGUUCAAGAUGGUCCGCGACAUGCAGGCCAACAUCAAGCGCAUCGUCAACCUCGAGGCGCUUGCCGCAGGCACCAACAAGCGCCGCAUCAUGCAGCAGGCUGUCUUCACGGAACUCUGCAACAUGCUAGAUCCCGGGAAGCCUUCUUUCACUCCCAAAAAGGGCAAGCCAAGCGUAGUCAUGUUCGUUGGUCUGCAAGGUUCUGGUAAAACUACCACUUGCACAAAAUAUGCUUAUUAUCAUCAGAGGAAAGGAUUCAAACCAGCGCUGGUUUGUGCUGAUACAUUUAGGGCGGGUGCUUUUGAUCAGUUAAAGCAAAAUGCAACGAAGGCCAAGAUUCCCUUUUACGGAAGCUACAUGGAAUCUGAUCCAGUAAAAAUUGCUGUUGAGGGUGUGGAGAGGUUCAAGAAAGAAAACUGUGAUCUCAUCAUUGUGGAUACAAGUGGAAGGCACAAACAAGAAGCAGCACUCUUUGAAGAAAUGCGGCAAGUUUCGGAAGCAACAAAACCAGACUUGGUGAUUUUUGUGAUGGACAGCAGUAUUGGUCAGGCUGCAUUUGAUCAAGCACAGGCAUUUAAACAAAGUGUUUCUGUUGGUGCUGUGAUUAUUACAAAAAUGGAUGGUCACGCAAAAGGCGGUGGUGCCCUUAGCGCUGUCGCAGCAACAAAAAGUCCUGUUAUAUUCAUUGGAACUGGAGAGCACAUUGAUGAGUUUGAAGUUUUUGAUGUGAAGCCAUUUGUUAGUCGCCUGUUAGGUAUGGGAGAUUGGUCAGGCUUUAUGGACAAGAUUCAUGAAGUGGUACCUACAGAUCAACAGCCUGAGCUUCUGCAGAAACUGUCUGAAGGAAGCUUUACUCUGAGGCUUAUGUAUGAGCAGUUCCAGAACAUUCUGAAAAUGGGUCCUAUUGGCCAGGUCUUCUCUAUGUUGCCUGGGUUUAGCGCUGAACUAAUGCCAAAAGGACAUGAGAAGGAAAGCCAGGCUAAGAUUAAGCGCUACAUGACGAUGAUGGAUUCCAUGACUGAUGCAGAGCUUGACAGCACAAAUCCUAAGCUGAUGACCGAAUCACGGAUCACUCGGAUUGCACGGGGUUCUGGCCGGCCUGUCAGGGAUGUCAUGGACAUGCUGGAAGAGUACAAGCGGCUUGCUAAAAUCUGGGGCAAGAUGAAGGGUCUCAAGAUCCCAAAGAAAGGGGAGAUGAGUGCACUGUCCCGCAACAUGAAUGUUCAGCACAUGAGCAAGGUCCUUCCCCCGCAGAUGCUUAAACAGAUUGGUGGCAUGGGUGGUCUGCAGUCUCUGAUGAAACAGAUGGGAUCGAAGGAGAUGAGCGGAAUGUUUGGAGGCAUGGGUGGCGAGCGCCGCAGACACCGGUUCUUCAUCCGCACGACGCUCGCAGCUGAUGCUGCCGCCGCCGCCGCGGGAGGCAGGAGGCGAGGCAGCGCCAGCUGCCAAGACCUAGGCGGACGCGCGCGCGAGGUGCCGCCGUUGCCGCUCUUGUCGCCGCCGCCGAGCCAGGAGGAGGAGUACGAGGAGGACGAAGAGGCGACGGGGCUACCGUCCGACGUGCUGCGGGGCCACUUCGCGGUGUACGUGCGCGAGCGGCGGCGCCGGUUCGUGGUGCCCAUCGCGCUGCUAGACCGCCCCAAGUUCCGGUCCCGGCUGCGGCGAGCCGAGGAGUUCGGGUUGGCGGGCGCAGGCGUCGGCGGCAUCCUCGUCCUCCCCUGCGCGGAGGUCGCCUUCUGCUCCCUCACCAGGAUCCCUCCGCUCUGCAAUUUCUCCGCGGCCGCAGGACCCACCGCUCGCGGCGUAGAUCGAGGUUUUGUUUGCCAUGCACCCAAGAACUUUAGGGUUCUUGAUGUUAUGUACUCAGAUCUGUGCGAUGAUCUUGCACAUGAUGUUAGAACAACCAUUUUGAUUCGAAUUGAGCGUUGGAGGAUCACCUUUUGGUGUGGCAGCCACGCCUUGCUUAAGAUUGUCGAAGAAGAGCUGAAGAAGCCCGGUCAGUAA